AUGCUGCGCUGCAGCACAGGAGACACUUUGACAGGUCUCCGCGUCCUUCAAGUAGAUGCUGCUCGGGGCAGGCUGCAGCUGACGACUCGGCCCGAAGCAGAAGUGCAGCGGCUGCAGCAAUGGAAGGAGCAGGCGCUGCGCAUUGGGGGACAGAAGAUAAGAGAGGAGACACCUGAGGAGAAGUUUGCGAAGAUUGCUGCAGCCUUAAAGCUGCUGGAGAGACACCGGAAGAAGAAGCAGGCGGGUGGAGGAGCUGCUUCCACUGCUGCUGCUGCUGCUGCUGCUGCUGCUGCUGCUGGCGGCGCUGCAGCAGGCUCUGUCUCUGUCUCCGUUGCUCCCCCACAGAGAAGUGUCUCCUCGGAGACACUCACACAGAAGCAGCUGGAGGUUCUCUUCCCAGGCUAUUCAGCAGCAGAUGUUGAUGAAGCUUUAUCUCUGCUAGAGACAGAAAGGAGACACCGGGAGCUGCUGCGCAUGCAAGAAGAAGAACGAAAGGCCCGCAAACGCCACCCCAGGUUUCUGCGUCAGAGUGCUGACGAUCUUUCGAUAGAAGACGCGAAGCAGCUGCUUAAAAAGGAGUCGGGGCUUGUAACGAUAGAUAUGCUGCAGCAAGACGCAGCAAAAUAUGCCGAAAGAGCGGGGCUUGCUGCAGCAGAUGUCCCUGUCUUAGGGGCUGACGGCAUCCCCGUGCUGCAGCAGAUACCUAUAAAAGAUAUACAGACUCGUACACAAACGCAUGCAAUCCGUAGCCAUGCUGCAGCAACAGACACCGCUUCAGCAGCAGCAGCAGCAGCAGCAGCAGCUUCCCCUGCUGCUGCAGGGAAGAAUGCUGCUGCAACAGAGACAGCUGCAGGAGAGACAGCUGCAGCAGACGGAGAAGUAUUAGAAACGGCUGCAGGAGAGACAGCUGCAGCAGAGGGAGAACAAAUAGAGAGAGAAGCAGCAGAGACAGCAGCAGCAGCAGCAGAAAGAGAGGCAGCCGAAGGCUUGGAGGAGGAGGUUGAGGUGUCACUGGAGACACUGCAAAGGGAGCUCAAGGCCUAUGAUACCCCGCAGCAGCAGCAGCAGCAGCAGCCUCGGGAUAGAAAGGAGAAUCUGUCUCCUUAUAAAGAUCGGAAGAAAGACAGGAAAGGAGACAUCAACCCACUUGGGUGUCUAGACACCUCAGAAGAAGAGACAGCUGAGCAAGUGACAGCAGCAGAACUUGCUGCUUUUUUCUCGAAGUCUGAAGCAGAUCUGCUGCAGUCUCUGAAGAAAGAAAGAAGCAGAGACAAAAAAGGAGACAGUGCAGCAGCAGCAGCUGCUGCUGCACACCGAGAGGAGAUACGACAACUCAUCAAAGGAGAACACGAAGCAGCAAUGCAUGCGCUGCUAAGCAGGAACGAAGGAGCCCCAAAGGAGACACCUAAAGAGACACCUGAAGAGACACCUGAAGAGGCAGCAAAGGAGGCUGCAAAGGAGACAGAGGAAAGCAUAGGGGGUGAGGGAGGAGAUGAGGAGACUCUGGGGGAUGUGCAGCACUCGGAGGUGCUUCAAACGAUCCGGGAUCGUCUCCAAGGCGAUCCCGAGUUGCGUCGAGAGCUGCGGCUCCGUGGGGAGACACCUGAAAGCAUUGCUACACAAAUACAGCAGAUUCUCUUUGAUGUAACAGGUCUCGCCUCUAUGCUGCAGCAGCAGCAGCCGAGGGCGUCGAAGCCCAGCGCUGUCUCCGGCCCCCGCAGAAGGCUUGGUCAAGGAGACAGAAGCCUCAGAGCUCGCAUCCCCAAGACACCACCUGCUGCUGCUGCUGCUGCUGCUCCCUCUGGCGGCCCUCGUGCUGCAGAGGAUGAGGAGGAGGAGGGCUUCAGCAGCUGUCUCUUCCAGCUGUCUGGGGAGGAGGUGUCUCCUUUGUUGCGGGAGGCCUCAUCUGAGAGGAGACAGAAAAAAGGAGACAGCGGAAUGCAGCAAGCAGACAAUUUAUCUUUUAUUCAAAGACAAAGAACAAGAAGAAACAGCCCCAUGAGCAGACGCAGACAAAAGAGACAGUGA